GCUCCCGGGCCACAGCUCCAGAUGCAGGAGUCAUGGAGUUGAGCUGCAAUGACGUGCCUCUUUAUGGACAGAGGACGGUCUAUGCAAAGUUUGGCAAAAAUGUUUAUCUUCCUGAAGAUGCCGAGUUUUACUUUAUUUAUGAUGGGUCGCAGCAGAGACAUGUAGUGAUUGCUGAGCGCACCGAGGAUAAUGUUCUCCAAUCCAGCAUUCCAGGCCACUGGCUUCAGGAGACGGUGAUGGUGUCUGUGUGUCUCUGCUCGGAAGGGUACUCUCCAGUGACCAUGGGCUCUGGCUCAGUGACCUAUGUGGACAAUAUGGCCUGCCGACUGGCUCGUCUACUGGUCACUCAGGCUGACCGACUCACGGCCUGUAGUCACCAGAUGCUGCUAACCCCAUUUGCCCUGACGGCAGAAGCGCUGCCUGCCUUGGAUGAAGAACUGGUGCUGGCUCUGAGCCAACUGGAACUGCCUUUGGGCUGGACAGUCCUGGGGAAUUCCUCACUUGAAGUAUCUCUACACAGAGAGUCUCUUCUGCACCUGGCUGUGAGAUGGGGCCUGCCUAAGCUUUUCCACUUUCUCUUGUGUCUCCCUGGGGGAGUCAAGGCCUUGGAGCUACCUAAUGAAGAGGGCACGACACCGUUAGACUUAGCUUUGCAAGGUGGACACUCCACACUGGUGGAAGACAUCACAAAUUUUCAGGGUAGCCGUUCUCCAGGCUUCUCCCGACUGUAUCUCAACGAAGAUGCCUGUCUGCAGUUCGUUCACUCAUCAGAAACAUUGACUCUGACUGUUAAUCACACUGCUGAGCAUUUGUUGGAGGCAGAUAUCAAACUCUUCAGGAAGUACUUUUGGGACAGGACCUUUCUUGUCAAGGCUCUUGAACAAGAAUCGAAGACAGAAGAGAGACCAACCAUGCCUUCUGGAGCUGUAGAAACUGAAGGAGAGAUUAAGAAUUUGGAGUCUGGCAGACCUCCACCUGAGGAGGACAAUGGAAAGUGUGCCAAAAGCCAGCUGGAUGGACUGAACGAACACGAAGACCAGGACCACCUAGAUUUAGUUUACACAUCAGAAUGAGAACUGUAGAAAUUCUGACGCUGGCCCUAAGGUUCAGAAGCCUGGAUUGAUCAUUCUAGAAGGAACAUGGACAUGAAGAGUUUGCAAAGGGUUCCAGGUUGUUCUUAGGUGGAGCCACAGCUGAAAGCCACAGCUCCAGUCCUUUCCAAAGCCCCGUGAUGUUGAGAUCAGUGACAACCUUCCUGGAUUUCAGUACCUUUGCCGCUGAGAAAUGGAGUUGUACUUUUAUCUCCAGUGACCAAGAAAGGAAUGAGUGGAAGCCUGCUCAUAUUAGCUUUGCAGGCCCCCAACAGUCAUCACCUCCAUGUGAGAGUCUACAGAAAAUGUGAAGGCCUUUCAGAGAAAGAGGAUUGGAAACUUCUGAAAUACUUGAGUUGGAUAAUAAAACCUGAAAAAAUUAUGUUAAACACUAAGAAGGAUCAAAUGGCUACCAUGGGCCAUUAGAUCAUGGGUCAACUCAGAGUAGGCAUUUAUUGGAUUG